AUGUAUAAUCAAGCUUACUUUUCUCAAAUUAUUUUAACUGCAUACAACAACAUUACAGGAUUUCCUAGUAAUCAGCAUACUGGUCCUGUUACAUCAAUAAAGUAUGAACCAGGUGCCAAGUAUUUUGUGUCUUCUAGUCGAGAUGGUUCAAUUAAAUUGUGGGACGCUAUAUCUAAUAAAUGUGUUAACACAUUUGAAAGAGCACAUGAUGGUAGUCAAGUGUGUUCUGUGACAUUUACAAGAAAUGAAAAGUACAUCUUAUCAUCAGGCAAAUAUUCUGUAGUGAAACUUUGGGAGUUAUCCACUAGUAGAUGUCUGAUUGCAUAUACUGGAGCUGGAACAACUGGAAAACAAGUUCAUCGUGCACAAGCAUUGUUUAAUCAUACUGAGGAGUAUGUCAUGUUUCCUGAUGAAGUCACUACAUCUUUGUGCGCACGGAAUUCACGCAAUGCUUCUCGGCAGCAACUUUUAUCUCUAGAUCAUGAAACCCCGCUCUACCACUUUGUAAAAGUUAUGGUGAUUGAUUAA